AUCUGCCUUGGCUUCCGUGAUGUCACCCGUUUCCUGCUCGGGACCGACCAAUGCCCUCCUCCUUCCUCCAGGCACCUGUACACCGAAGCUGAGGCUGGUCACAGCUCAGGCCGCCCAAGGAGCUGCCCGGUCCACCUGCAGGGGUGAGAGGUGCCCACUCGCUGCUGCUUUGAGAGCCCCAGACAGACACUCGAAAAGGUUUGUGGAUGGCGCCUAGAAGACCUUGACUUGCUCCCCAGGAAAUACCGUGUUACUGGGUUUCCCGUCACCCUGUUCCCCAGCUGACCAUGAGCCAGCCGGACCCUGCCGACGACCCGGACCCCAGCCCCACGCCCCUGUGCACGGUGUGCGGCCAAGCCCACUCCCCCGAGGAGAGCCACUUCUACGUCUACACGGAAGACGUGGACGAUGACCUCAUCUGCCACAUCUGCCUGCAAGCUCUGCUGGACCCUCUGGACACUCCGUGCGGACACACCUACUGCACCCUCUGCCUCACCAGCUUCCUGGUGGAGAAGGACUUCUGCCCCGUGGACCGCAAGCCUCUGGUCCUGCAGCGCUGCAAGAAGUCCAGCAUCCUGGUCAACAAGCUUCUCAACAAGCUGCUGGUGACCUGCCCUUUCACGGAGCACUGCGCGGAGGUGCUGCAGCGCUGCGACCUGGAGCGUCACUUUCAAACGAGCUGUAAAGGUGCCUCCCACUAUGGCCUGACGGAAGACAGGAAGAGGCGCUCGCAAGAUGGCUGUGCAGACGGCUGUGUGAGCCUCACGGCGACGGCACUCUCCCCGGAGAUUUCUGCAGCUGCCACCAUCUCCUUAAUGACGGACGAGCCUGGCCUGGACAACCCUGCCUACGUGUCCACGGCGGAGGACGGCCAGCCAGCGCACAGCCCGUCCGACUCUGGCCGGAGCAACCGAACUAGGGCACGACCCUUUGAGCGAUCCACUAUCAGAAGUAGAUCUUUUAAAAAAAUAAAUCGAGCUUUGAGUGUUCUUCGAAGGACGAAGAGUGGGAGUACAGUUGCCAACCAAGCUGACCAGAGCAGGGAAAAUUCUCAAAAUACUACCACCCCUGAAGUCUUCCCAAGGUUGUAUCACCUGAUUCCAGAUGGCGAAAUUACCAGCAUCAGGAUCCGACGGGUCGAUCCCAAUGAAAGUCUCUCCAUUAGGCUCGUGGGAGGCAGUGAGACCCCACUGGUCCACAUCGUCAUCCAACACAUUUAUCGUGACGGGGCGGUUGCCAGAGACGGCCGGCUCCUGCCAGGAGACAUCAUCCUGAAGGUCCAUGGGAUGGACAUCAGCAACGUCCCCCACAACUACGCCCUGCGCCUGCUGCGGCAGCCCUGCCAGGUGCUGCGGUUGACCGUGCUGCGCGAGCAGAAGUUCCGGAGCAGGAACCACGGACAGGCACUGGAUACCUACGGACCCCGGGAUGACAGUUUCCACGUGAUUCUCAACAAGAGUAGCCCCGAGGAGCAGCUGGGAAUAAAACUGGUGCGCAGGGCGGAUGAGCCCGGGGUGUUCGUCUUCAACGUGCUGGACGGCGGCGUGGCAGACCGACACGGGCAGCUGGAGGAGAACGAUCGCGUGUUGGCCAUCAACGGCCAUGACCUCCGACACGGCAGCCCAGAGAGCGCGGCUCAUCUGAUUCAGGCCAGCGAAAGACGCGUUCACCUCGUCGUGUCACGCCAGGUUCGACAGCAGAGCCCCGACAUCUUUGAGGAAGCCGGCUGGGACAGGAACGGCGGCCAGUCCCCAGGGCCGGCGCGGAGGAGCAACGCUCCCAAGCCCCUCCAUCCUGCAGUUACUUGUCGUGAGAAGGUUGUGAGUGUACGAAAAGACCCCAAUGAAUCUCUCGGCAUGACCGUUGCAGGGGGAGCGUCACAUAGGGAAUGGGACUUGCCUAUCUAUGUCAUCAGUGUCGAGCCCGGAGGAGUCAUAAGCAGAGACGGAAGAAUAAAAACAGGUGACAUUUUGUUGAAUGUGAAUGGGAUUGAACUAACAGAGGUCAGCCGGAGCGAGGCAGUGGCAUUACUGAAAAGCACGUCCUCCUCGGUGGUACUCAAAGCUUUGGAAGUCACGGAGCCCGAGCCCCAGCAAGACUGCAGCAGCCCAGCAGCCCUGGACUCCAACCACAACAUGACGCCACCUAGCGACUGGUCCCCGUCCUGGGUCAUGUGGCUGGAAUUACCACGGUACUUGUAUAACUGUAAAGAUGUUACAUUACGAAGAAACACAGCUGGAAGUCUGGGCUUCUGCAUUGUAGGAGGUUAUGAAGAAUACAAUGGGAACAAACCUUUUUUUAUCAAAUCCAUUGUGGAAGGAACACCAGCAUACAAUGAUGGAAGAAUUAGAUGUGGUGAUAUUCUUCUGGCUGUCAACGGGAGAAGUACCUCAGGAAUGAUACAUGCUAGCUUGGCAAGGAUGCUGAAAGAACUGAAAGGAAGAAUAACUCUCACUAUUGUUUCUUGGCCUGGCACUUUUUUAUAGAAGCAAUGAUGGAUCAGAAAAACA